CAUUUUUAUUAAAUUGAGAAAUAUAUAUUUAUUGCUCGCUCUCUCAAAAAGAUGUUCAAAACCUAUUUUUUCAAGCCAUUUAAUUAUUAACAGAGCCUUCGAAUUGAUGAUGAAGCGAGCUUACAGGCCUUGGUUACAUCCAGAUAUAAUUUUCAAUUUAACCAAAAUGUCAAAGGACUUUUACAAAUGCAUUAACUGGAUGCACAGUACAGCACAUUCUAUAAUUGCAAAGAAAAAAAAUAAACUGGAAACCCCUCAUGAAGCUGAAAAAGAUGAAAUUACGAAUCAAAGAAAAGGAUUUUUGGAUAUACUCUUAGAUCUAAAAGGAAAACAGAAAUUCUCUGAACAAGAAAUUUGUGACGAAGUAAACUUCAUGAUAGUAGCGUCAUAUGAAACUGUGUCACUAAGUCUUCAGUAUACAAUGUUGAUGUUGGCGUACCAUCCUCACGUGCAGGUAAUCAAUUUUAAACAAAAAUUAGUUAGGGGCCUUGCAUAA